AUGUUUAAUUAAUAUUUUUAAAGAGGAUCAAUCAUUGAAAAUGAGCGAAUCAAAUCCGAAGGGAAUACUAUUAAUGUUUCAAGAUCAAAUUCAUUAAUGACAGAUCAAAAACAUAAAGGUUGCUUACAAAGAAUUAAUAUACUUAUCUAAGAAUUAGAGAGAAUGUCAGAAGCUCAAAAAAUGGCAAACGAAGAGAUAUAAAAUCUUCAAAGGGAAAUAACAAAAUUGUAAAAAGAAGGAAAUCCAUUGAAUUUAUUAAGUUAAAUCGAUUAAUAAGGAAAAGAUGAAGAAUUAAGAUUAGAAAAAUAAAAAUUUAAUCAAUAUAAGUAAAUAAAAGAACAAUAAAUUAUCGAUUUUGAGAAUGAACUUAUACGAACACAUAAAGAACUAAAAGAAGAAAAAUUAAUGAGACUAGAUUUAAAUCACCGCUUUGAACUUAAGACUUAAGAAGUAGAGAGAUUGAAGUAAGAGAUUGAAAAUUUUCAUAAUUAGUAAAAUUUUGAAAAUGAAGGUGAAAAAUUACAUUAGCUGCAUGAAGAAUUUAUUUAGCUUUAAAGCUAAAAUCAAUAGAUAUAGCAAGGGAAUAUGAAAUUUUAAUUAUAAAUUGAAAAAUUAUUAGGAAAAGGAAGUUCUAUUCAAAAAACAAAAAAAUAAUUAUUGGAUACUUAAAUAAACAAACAAUAAUCUUUAGAAGAAGCAUUAUUUCCAUCAGCAAAGAUAAGUCCCAUCAAAAAAAUGAAUAAAACAUUGACAUUAGAAUAAAAAGAUCCAUAUUAUAUUAAGAGUCUUUACUAAUCAAAUAGAUUAUCAAUAAAUUAUCCAACAUAAUAAAAUUUUAACAUAGAAACCAAUGAAUAAGAGUAAGAAAAUGAAAAUUCAUAUGAACAUUAAUACCAUUCAAAUUCUAAAAGAAAGAACUAAUCAAAAUGCAAUGAAAACACACAACGAACUAUAAGCAAAUAAUAUAACUAAUUUUUAUUUUAAUGA